UCCGCACUUUCAUCUCGACGAAGGAGAAACCGGUUUUAACGCAUACAACUGUCUAUAAAUAUAGGUCAAGCAUGUUACGAAGACAUUGUGUAAAUGUCAGCGGAGUAAGGGAAAAGUAAGAAUUGAGUCUGUGCAAAUUCUUUUUGUAGUGAAAUCAUCUAAAGGUACAUUUUGGCACUACACUAUGUUACAUCACUUAAAUGAUAUGAGACAUAGGCCUACCUUGAAAGUACAAAAUUACGAGCCUGGAAAACAGGUACGACAGAAAAGACAUCAAGCAGUUGAUGAUGCAUUUACCUGUUCCCAACAGUCUAUUCUUAGCGCAAUGGAUCGGUUCGUAAAUUCAGUUACAAAUAUGGAUUCUACUGUACUAGUUCCAUCAAGAUUACGAGACAUGGAAAUUGAUGGGGGUAACGUAGAGAAACGACCACCACCAUCUUUGCCCAAAACAGAUCUUUUCAGUUUUUACUGUGUUUUGAAUGACAUAAAAAACGAACUACUUUGGGGACCUGCCACCAGCGGUACAAGCCUAUCGUCGGCCGUUUGUGGGACUGUUGGGCAGCAGUCAAACCAACCCACGAAGUUGACGCGUGACGUUUCAGAAGUUAGCGCUGCAGUUUGCAAUGGAAGCUGCACGUCAGACUCCGAUAGCCAGGCGGAUAAUGAAAUAGACUGUGUGAUCACUGACCCAAAUGCACACCUCGCAACAGCAUACCGUUAUCACCUGCAGGGCCUUCAAACCAUUCUGCAUCAAUUAGCUGAUUCUGCAGAUUUCCUCUCCUCAAGAUAUCAGGAAGAAGUAGACGCGUCCUUUUUGCAGAGUAAAUUUUAAGAUUAUUUUUUUAGAGGGGGAGUAUAAGUAACUUUUUGUUUAAUUUAAUUCGGGUAAUGAUACUAACCACGUGUUUUCAUGGUGAGCUAUAAUUUCAUUGAGUUGUGGUGUAAACUUGAUCUGUAGCUUGAACUUGAAGUAGAUUUUUCAGUUACUGUUUUCGAGAGUUCUUAGUUGUAACUUUAGAGUAAACGGUGCGUAAUGGAAUUACAACUUACAGUAAUACCCAAAGGAUACAAAUCUGGCAAUCUUGAGACCGAAUGUAAAUCGAGAAUAGAAUAAUUUAGUAUAAAAAAUUAUUUAGAAUAUGGCGUGGUUUUAACAUAAAUACAUGAUAUUGGGUUGCUUAUGGAAAUUACUAGAUUCUGAAACUUUAGGAUAUAUUAAUAUUAUGAAUUUCCCAGAUUUAUUACAACAAUCGAAUCAGAAAGUUAAAUUAAUUAAAUACCAUUUUGAAGCUUGCAGAAUGUUAGAUAAACGAAAAUGAGGUUAGAUAUACUAUUAAUAAUUUUACAUCAAUAACCUAACCUGAGUUUAUAGACCAAGUAACAUAUUAAGAUUUAUUUUUGAAUGUAGUUGCGUUUUGUGUGUUGUUAACUUUUGUAAUUAUUUUUCUUGAGUUGAUACAGUUCCUAGCUAAUAUUAAUACGUGUCUUAUUUUGCUCCUCUGUUAAGAACUGAAGUUAUAUUGAAGUGUUGUAAACACAAAACGGCUCAAUAAACUUGAAUUUUGGUUGUUCACUAGUUAUUAAAUAAAAUACAAUGUUAACCAAACUAACUGAAAAACCAAUUGGUGAUAAGCAAGUAUAUUAGAUUCGUUAGAGGAAUGUGAUUGUCACUUGCAGAAGAAUUUUAUGAUACACUUACCGUAUUUUCUUGAAUGUGUGUACAAAAUUUGACAUUUUCUCAAAUAUGCUCCUUGAAAAACACUAAAUACGUUGUAUAUAUGUAUGAUGUAAUGUUGAUUCACUUGGCAGUGUCAGUUUCGUAUAACGACCUUGCGUAAUUAACUGGCUUUAUUCAUAUUAUUGUGGUGUAUGUAUUGUUUUCGUUUCUUAUUAAAGUGUUUAAAUACAUCUCCUUUUGAGAUUCAA